CUCUUAAUAUAAGGCCACACCGAAGCGCGGGAAAGCCGUCAGCUGUCAUCACAAAUUGUCUGAAAAAGCGAAAGAAUCCCGGUUAAAUGGUAUACAAAUCGAAAAAUAAUAGGCAAAGCGAUUAAAUAUAUUGUUCAAAUUGAAAUCAAACCAUCUAACAAGGCGGAGCCAUAAACAGGAACAAAAGAACUUGGCAAAGAGCGCGUCGUCGACGGCGUCAGGAGUACCACUUGCUGUAAUUUGUCGGUUGCAAAUCUGAUCCGAAAAGUACAGUCAUGGCCAAGGUCCACAUCACAAACGUCGUGGUAUUGGACAACCCGAGCAGCUUCCAUAAUCCGUUUCAGUUCGAGCUAACCUUUGAGUGCAUCGAAGAACUGAAGGAGGAUCUGGAGUGGAAGAUGAUCUACGUGGGUUCAGCGGAGUCUGAGGAGCAUGACCAGGUCUUGGACACUAUCUAUGUGGGCCCAGUGCCUGAGGGGCGUCACAUAUUCGUCUUCCAGGCAGAUCCCCCAGAUGUUAGCAAGAUCCCGGAGGCAGAUGCUGUGGGCGUCACCAUCGUACUAUUAACCUGCUCAUAUCGCGGCCAGGAGUUUGUCCGAGUUGGGUACUACGUCAACAACGACUAUGCGGAUCCGGAGAUGCGUGAGAACCCGCCACCGAAACCCCUUUUCGACAAGCUGACCCGCAACAUUCUGGCCAGUAAGCCGCGAGUCACACGUUUCAAAAUCAACUGGGACUUUGGACACACCAACGGUAACAGUAAUGGUCUGGAAAAUGGUCAUCAUGAUGACGAGAUGAUGGAAGACGGUCCCUCCACUUCGGAAGCGGCGGCUGCUGCAGUAACCCACCAGGACGACGACAACAGCCUUGCAAUGCCCGUGGAGAACGGAAUAAAGGCGUUGAACGAGAACUCCAACUCCCUGGCCAUGGAAUGUUAGGUGCUGCCGGCAGUCAAACUGUUUUCCUGUCCAUACAUACACAAACUCGAGCGAACACACAACCACACACAACACAGACACUAAAACUCAUUAGGCGCUGACUUGAGGGAAUCCCCCGCCUGAAAACUACAUACAUAGUCCUCCUCGUACCCUUAAUUAAGUAAUUAUAAUUUAAAGAAAGAAGUUAAAUAUAAAUGUAUACAUAAAUUAAUAUA